AUGUGUCACGGAGUCGAGGUGCUGUGGGAUCUGUUGAGGAAGGUUUACGAGAAGGAGAAGAUACCAGAUGAGUGGAGAGAUAGCGUGAUCAUACCAAUAUACAAAGAAAAGGGUGACAUCCAAGACUGCGGGAACUAUCGGGGUAUUAAGUUGAUGUCACACACAAUGAAAAUAUGGGAAAGAGUAGUAGAAGGAAGGAUAAGGCAAGAAACAGAUAUUGGUGAACAGCAGUUUGGAUUUAUGCCUGGGAGAGGAACAACGGAUGCCAUCUUUGCUGUCAGGCAGAUGUUAGAAAAGUAUGGUGAAAAACAGAGAAAGCUACAUCUGGUCUUUAUAGAUCUGGAAAAGGCAUAUGACAGAUUACCGAGAGAGGAAGUGUGGAGAUGCCUGAGAGAGAAGGGAGUGUCUGAAAAGUAUGUGAAGUUGGUGAAGGAUAUGUAUGAGGGAGCGAGGACGCAAGUAAGAACCAGUGUCGGGCUGAUGGAGAAGUUCACAGUAACAUUUGGACUUCUAAAAACCAUAUACUCCGUCUUCUCUCUACUGACCUUAAGUCCUCUGUCCUCCAUCGCUCUCCUCCAUCUCUCCAGUUUCUGCUCUACUCCCUCCCUGGUGGUAUCUAUGAGGACUAUGUCAUCUGCAAAUAACAUGUCCCAAGGUGCCGGUUCGAUGAUCCCUUGGCCCAGCACAUCCAUUAUCACGUCGAAGAUGUACGGGCUUAGAGAAGAGCCUUGGUGUGGAGAAGAGGAAAUGGGGGAUGUUACUUUAUUUAACGAUAAACUUAAAAGGGUAAACACCUUUAAGUAUCUUGGGUCCUAUGUGGCAUCAAACGGUACACUUGACUUUGAAAUAAGCCAUAGAAUCCAGUCGGGAUGGAGAAAUUGGAAAAAUGCGUAG